AAAUUAACUUUCACCAGCCAAACAAACUCGUGAAUACUUUAAUUCACUCUGACACAUAUCUCCAGAUGGCAGCCAACAGGGGAUUACUAGAAAACUACCAGCAGCAGAAGCAAGACAUCAUAGAGCCUGAGGCGUUCUUCCCCGUAGCCAAAAACCCCCAAACAGUACACGCAGCACAGCUCGCCGUCUUAGAACUGCUUAAACAGCCAGAAGGAAGUGAUGUGUCUUAGCAUAUUAAAAUGUUCGGUGGAAUUCAUCAUCUUUUCAAGCAAUCUUUAAGCCAGAGUAGUCUUCAUAUCCCUGUUAGUCGCGUCGAGAAGGAAGAAUGACCAUUACACGGUAAGAGUUUUGUCUUGUCCCGGAGCUUUGAACAGCUUUAUUCGCCGCUGUAUCAGCAUAAAUAACAUCUUUAACUUAAUAAAUCCGAUGUCUUUAAACUGGCCUGGAGUAUUGCAAAAUUCUCAACAAGCGAAAUAAAAUAAAUGCUGAGCUAAACAUGAUAAAAGCCGCCAGUGUUCAUUCGCCAUGUGUAUUUCGUUUCGCGAAAUGCUCUCAAAUGAAUGGACCCCUAAAGCUGUUUGCGAGUCGCGCGCUGAUUGGUUGAAAUUUGAAGACCUGUCAAACAGAGAUCAGCAGGUAGUUGAAAAGUUUCAUACCAUAAUUAAAUAUAAGUUUAGAUAUUGUAAAUGGAUAGUACUUAACAGUAAAUGUUCCAUGCCAGCAAAGUUCUUUCUUUUCAACAAUCUCAGGAAUAAAUUUCUUUUAUCUGAGACAACACUUACAAGUACAUGUACAUGUAACACAAUGCGAUAGGUAAGUACUUUCCAUUAAAGAUCUGUCGUAGAUUUUAAAAGCAAGUUCAAAAAUAAAUAAUCGCCAAAAGUUAAGUGAUUCCUCUUCUGAAAAGCAACCAAGGGUUAGGGUCAGGGUUAAAGGGGACUGCUGUGACAAUACAUUAGCAAGCAGAUCACCAAGAAUAAAAAUGUUUUUUGGUCAUGUACUCUUUCUAGCUUUAACUGCAAAAUGAUGUUUCCUUGCUCCCUUUUUUUAGGUCAGCCUGAAGAAGAUGUUCAGCCAGAUGUUGAUGCUACCAUUCUCAAACAGCUCACAGACAUGGGUUUUAAAGAAACCAGAGCUAAGAAGGCUUUGAUUUUGAACAGAAUGUCCCCAAUGCUGGCAAUGGAAUGGCUUUUACAACAUGACAGUGAUGCUGAUAUUGAUGAGCCAUUGGUGCUUGGAGCAAGGGCAGGGAGGACUCGCAGGAAAAGAAAAGAGUUUGUUCCGAAUUCUAGGGCUGUAAAUAACUUGAAAGAGAUGGGUUUCCAAGAGGAAGAAAUUCUCAUGGCACUUAAAGCAACUGGAAACAAUCAAGAAGCUGCCUGUGAUUGGUUGUUAGGUGAUAGACAAGGAGGAAUAGUAGAUGUCAAUGAAGGUCUUGACCAGUCAAGUCCAUUGUACCAGGCCAUUAUGGAGAACCCCCUAGUCCAACUAAGCCUUAGUAAUGCCCGAGUAUUGGGAGCAUUUGAGGACAUGCUAGAAAAUCCAUCAACCAGCUCAUUCUACAUAAAUGAUCCAGAAACUGGGCCUGUGUUACUUCAAGUCUCUCGGAUAGUGCAGGGAUUUGCUAGAUGAUAAUGAAUCGCGUUACUUAAACUGUAAAUAGUGCAUUUAUAAGCGUAGAACUAGCAAUUUCUGCCGUUCCGGCUAUGAACCUCAAUGUUGCACUCUUUUUCCUCGUCAUGUCAUCCUGGGAAGAGAUUGCGUGACGAAACGAAAGAAUCGUUAGCAUCGGGGAGAAGUGCGGUUUGCAGUCGGUCAACUGAGCCCACGCUCACUGUUGGUCAGUUAAGUUGCUAUGCAACACUAAUGCCGUCAUUGCCAUGAUGUGUUCUGAUUACAUACAGUGGAAUCCUGAUUCCUUGAACCCCCAGUUUUGCGAACCUCCCGAUAGCUCGAACCAAAAGUUGUUUUCCCCUCCUCAGUCAAACACUGUAAUUUUACUCCCGAUUUCUCUAACUCUCCGAGAUUUUCAAACCAAUUUUCGUUUCCCUUGGAGGUUCAAAAAAUCGGGAUUCCACUGUAGUUAUGGUUGAAGGAACGAGAGUUUGAGACAGUCUCAUGAGAAAACAUCUUGCAGGCUCAGCAAGAUGGAUAUUGCCAGGCCCGGUUGUUCAAAGCACAAUUAAGCUGAACUAGCAGAUCUUUGAUUAGCAUCAAUUUCCAUUUUAUUUCUAACUUUUGUUAUGACUUGACUCAACUUAACUUAACGUAACUUAACUUAACUUAAUUUACAUUUUAAUUCCUCCAAUUUUGACGUAAAGUGAUCUCAAACUCGAGAAACUUAUGCAAAGAAAAACAUUGUAACAGAGAGAAUUUAAAACCUUGGUCACUUUUUAAAUUCCCGGAUUAGUGUUAAUUAGCUUUCGAAAAACCAGCGGCGUAGGCUAUGGUUUUCACUUUGAAUGUCGAUAUUUGUAAGAGGAAAGUCCAAUCGUGCCUGGCAGGGAAGAUAAUGGGUUAAAAUAACGAUGUAGACGACAAAGACUGAUCGCAAAAUUGAAGGAAAAAGGGAAGGAAGAUUUCAAGCGAGCGAUACCAAUUUUUACAUUUCAAUGUGGCUUGAGCAGUUCCUUUUUUACGUCCUUAUUCUCGUUUGAGAAACGUUUUUUAAACCAAAGUUAUCACUAAAGAAAAAGCGGGAAAGAAGAUCUGAUCUUCUUGAGAUUGCUAUGGAAAAAUGCAAAGGUUUCUAGUGUUUCUUCCACAUUGUUUCUACUACUGUUUCCUCUACAGUGAUUCUGCUAGUGUUUCUUCUACAUUCUUUCUACAAGUUUUUUUUUUCCUAGGCUCUUGACCCGUUUUGUGUCAAGGUAAAUGAAAGAAAAUAUUUUUUGCAUAUAUUUAUACAUAUUUUGGGUUGGGAUUUUAGUAGGUCUUUUUUCAUUAUUUUGUUGAUGAAUAACAGAGAUUGUUUUGUGGCUUACUUGUGAUUUUGUAAGUAGCCUAUACUGGCUCUCCAACUGAACUUUCAGCAGAUUUUUGAGUAUUAUAACGCCGAGAUAGGCUGAACAUAGGCUGAAAAUAAACAUUGUGAACUGGCCUUUACAGUUCCUAUACUGU